CGGCCGCAGCGCAGCCCCCGCCGUGGAGCCCCGUGGCGGCUGCGGGGCGCGGGGAGCGCGGCGCUGAGCGGCUCCGCGGGUGCGAUGUCCUCGCUGGUGAAGGAGGACCUGGCGAAGAGGCUCUUCGGGCCCCGGCGGCAGAGGCUGCACGAGUUCAUCGAGGUGGAGGGCGCGGGCGCCCAGCGCUAUUACCUGUGCGCCGCAGUGAAUAAAAGUAAAGAAGUAGAAAUAUGUAUGGUUAAACACUGGCGAGUGGACCGAGAGGAGAAAUAUGAAAUAGUUGAAAAGUGGUUUUUGAAAGAUCUGGAGAUGAUUGAUGGAAAAGAAGCAGAUGCAGAUAAUCCAUAUUUUGAUAUGCAUUUCCACAAAGUCUACAAUAUGGAAGCAUAUAGUUGUGCAUCUAAAUAUACCUUUGCUCGAACACUAAACAAACUGAAUGCCAUGUACCUUAAGAAGGACUUCAAGGUUGUGAACUUUGAUGACACCUACCUAAAUGAUGAUUCAAUCUGGUCAUCCAGCAAUAGAGAUUUCUUAGUAGUUAUGCGGGUUUGCUUCUACGCUUCCAACCUUUUGUGUCUCUCCCUCUGUCGUUUGUCCUAAAGAUGUAUUUUCUAACAUUAAGGUGACUGGUUGACUUUCACUGACCAGCAUUUCAUAAACCAUCUGAUAAAAAAGUUUCUGGCUGAUAUGCAGUGUCUCCUUUUUAAUUUUACAUGUAAGUAAAAAGUGGAACAUACUCUUUACAUGAACAGUUGAUAAUUCAUUUAUACAUAUUAAGAUGUCCUCAUUCUAGCAAAUAUUUAUACAUACAAGAGACUGGAAAGUGCCAAUAAUUAUCAUGGUCAGUGGUGGUUGCUUACGUAAGCAGAGUUCAGUAUUUGCUUAUAUGUUCAUGGAGGUAUAAAUUAUCUUUCAUUAAUAGCUUGAAAUACUUUUGUAACGUUAAGAGCAUUAACAGUUAGUUCAUAUCUUGGAAGUAGAAAAAAAAGCAAUCAGUUGAGUUCUGUAUGAGAAUGAUGAACAUUUCCAUUUCCAGAUGUGUUGAAACACAGAACUCCAUUAAAGAGAGCACAGCUACAUCCCUGCAAGAAUCCAGUUCUCAUCCUGGUGAAUUGGAGUACUGCAUUCAGAUACCAUGGGACCAACUUUUCACCUAUGCAGCUAUAUUAUUUUUCCCUCAGAACAUUUAGUAUUCCCUUUGGCCUUCACAUUAUUUGUGAUACUGUCUUAGAAAACAAAUGUUUUGAAGCAGCAUUGCUUUAUUUGUCAGACCUUUCAGAACUUCUGUAAUGUUAAUAUGUCCUUUCUUGCUUAUGAACAGCUGUGGUUAGGGAACAGAAAUUAUCUCUAAACCAAAGGAUAAGAAAAUACUGUGUAAACAGUAGUUGUUGGUUACUAGAGUUACUUUAUAGGUAAGUGAUAGAGUUUUCAGAAUAGAAUGAUGAGAAUUAUUUUCACCAGUUUUUAGCUAAGUGUAAGCAUAUUCAGUGCACUACUUAAAGGCACAUUAGUACUUAGAGCUAAAUUUACCAUGGGAUGGAGUCUUCUUGAGGAGUUUAGAACUCACAAAAUGUUACAGCUGGACUUG